AUGUUAAAUCCAACCCGGUCCCGUCUCUUCUCCCGCCGUCAUCUCCACCACCGCGCCUUCCUUCACUCCACCACUGACUCCAACCGCAAACUUGCUGCCCAAAUCAGCCGCCUAUUAAUCCUCGGCCAGUUCGAAGCCCUCUCCCGCCUUUCCAUCACUUUCUCUGACCACCUAGUGGACUCUGUCCUCAAAGACCUCAAACUCCACCCUGCCGCCGCCCUAAACUUCUUCAACCUAGCUUCCAAACCGAACAACUUCAGACCCGACUUCAAAUCAUACAUCAAACUCGUCCACAUUUUAUCCAAAGCGCGCAUGUUCCCCGAAGUGCGGUCGUAUUUACAUGACCUCGUCGAACUAUCUGAAAGGAAACGUUAUCCAAUUUUUCUGGUAUACACAGAAUUGGCUAGGGUUUAUAGAGAAUUCAAGUUCUCCGGAACGGUUUUUGAUAUGAUAUUUAAAAUUUAUGCUGAAAAAGGGCUGGUGAAAAAUGCUUUAUACGUGUUUGAUAAUAUGACCAAGAGUGGUCAGGUGCCAAGCACGCGAUCGUGUAAUAGUUUGCUGAGUAGUUUGGCGAGACUUAAGGAGUUUUACACUGUCAUUUGUAUUUAUGAUCAAAUUGUAAGAGUUGGAGUUGUACCUGACGUAUACACUUGUACAAUAUUGGUUGAUGCGUAUUGUAAGCACGAUAGGGUUGAUAAAGCAGUAGAUUUUGUUGAAGGGAUGGAAAGAAUGGGGUUGGAGUUGAAUGUUGUGGGUUAUAAUAGUUUGAUGAAUGGGUAUGCGGAGAAGGGGAAUUUGGAGGGAGUGCAGAGGGUGUUGCAAUUGAUGGGUCAACGAACUGUUCUGAAGAAUUUGGUCACGUAUACCUUGUUGAUUAAGGUUUAUUGUAAACGUGGGGAAAUGGAAGAAGCGGAGAGAAUGUUCAGGGGGAUGAAGGAAGAGAAGGCUGAUCUGUUGAUUUUGGAUCACAAGGUGUAUGGUGUGUUGAUUGAUGGGUUUUGUCGAGUUGGAAAAAUGGAUGAUGCAGUCAGAUUUAGGGAUGAGAUGUUGGGUUUAGGGUUGGGGAUGAAUAUAUUUAUUUGUAAUUCUUUGAUAAAUGGGUAUUGUAAACUUGGUAAAGUAUGUGAAGCAGAGCGAGUUAUAACGAGUAUGGUUGAAUUGAACUUGAAGCCGGAUGGUUAUAGCUUCAAUACAUUGUUGAAUGUUUAUUGUAGAGAAGGUUUAAUGAAGGAUGCUUUCAAGCUUUGUGAUCAGAUGGCUAGUGAUGGUGUAUAUCCAACAAAUGUAACUUAUAACACUCUCUUGAAAGGUUUACGUGACAAAUGUGAUCUGGAUGACUGUUUGCACCUUUGGUGUUUAAUGCUUAAGAGAGGUUUUGUUCCUGAUGCAAUAGGAUUUAGUACUCUCCUCGAUUGCCUUUUCAAGAAAGGUGAUUCUGAUAAGGCUUUGAUGUUGUGGAAAGAUAUUCUAGCAAAAGGGCAUGCAACAGAAGUAGUUUUAUUCAACACACUGCUCAAUGGAUUGUGUAAGUUGGGGAAGAUGAUUGAGUCAGAGCAGGUUCUUGACAAGAUGAAGGAGCUCGGUUGUUCACCUGACAAAGUAACCUAUAGAACCUUGAGUGAUGGCUAUUGUAAAGCUGGAGACAUUGAAAGGUCUCGUCAAAUAAAGUGUAUCAUGGAAAAAGAAGGAAUUCCUGCUUCCAUUGAAAUGUAUAACUCGCUUAUUAGUGGACUGUUUAGGGCAAGAAAAUCAAGUGAAAUUGCAAAUGUUCUUUGUGAGAUUCAUGUUAAGGGACUAAGUCCUAAUGUUGUUACAUAUGGAGCCCUUAUUACCGGUUGGGUCAAAGAAGGAAAACUGAAGAAAGCUUUUGAUGCUUACUUUGAGAUGACAGGGAAAGGAAUUGCUCCCAACGUAAUAAUAUGUAGCACGAUUAUUAGUGGAUUAAACAAGCUCGGUAGGGCAGAUUGUGCAAAUAUGCUGUUGCGGAAAAUGGUGGAUUUAGAUGUUUUCCCAAGGCUUGAACAAUUUUAUAAAUUCUUUGACUUCAAGAAAGUGCAGCUAGAUAUUCAGAAAUUUGCAAAUUCCCUUGAUGAAAGUGCCGAAAAAUUUAUUAUCCCCAAUAAUGUUAUGUAUAAUGUAAUUAUAGCUGGGUUAUGCAAAUUUGGGAAGACUGAUGAUGCAAGAAAAUUUAUCAGUGAGUUGUCACAGAAAGGCUUCAUACCAGAUGAGUUCACAUAUUCUGCCUUGAUCCACAGUGCUUGUAUUUCUGGUAAUGUCAACGAAGCUUUUGUCUUACGAGAUGAGAUGCUGAAGAAGGGUCUUUCUCCAAAUAUUGUUACAUAUAAUACUCUUAUAAAUGGCCUGUGUAAAUCAGGAAACCUUGAUCGUGCAGUGAGGCUUUUUCAUAAACUUCUUGUCAAAGGUUUAAUUCCCAACACCAUCACUUAUAAUUCUUUGAUUGAUGGAUACUGUAAGGUUGGAAAUACCAAUGAAGCUCUUAAACUCAUAGAGAGAAUGAUAAAGGAAGGCGUCGCUCCUUCUGAUGUAACCUACUCCACAUUGAUCAGUGGCCUUUCGAAGCAGGGUAAUGUGGUGGAAUCCAUGAAACUUUUAGAUCAAAAGACUAACACAGGUAUUGGGCCUAUAAGAUACAACAAACAAUUCCAAGCCGAAAUUGUGGAAGCAUGCUAG